AUGACGCCUCGUCAUCUGGUGUCAGGCGCAGGUAAUGCGCUGUCACUCUGUCGAAAUCGUAUUAUUGUGUCAAAAGAUGCACCGUGGGCAUUUUUUAUCACAGGCGGCCUUCUUACGGCCGGUCCCGCAUGUUGGCUCGCCUGGGAAGCGCCGUACUUGUCAUCCGCCGUUAGCGUGGCACCGGUUGUGCUAUUCGUAUACUUCUGGCUCAGCUCUCUUGUGAGCAUGGUGAAAGCAGCUCUCAUGAACCCGGGUAUUCUGCCGCGGCAGCUGGAUGCUGUACCUGAUGCUGCGCCAACUGAUGCUAGUUUCGACAUUGAGCGACCAGUGGAUCGACCCCAGGACCGCCUCAUUGAAAUGCGGCGGGUGGACGACGGCGGUGAUGGCACUCUUGGAACUAUGACCAGUAUACCCAGCGUGUGGUGCACAACGUGUCACAUGUAUCGCCCACCGCGAACGAGUCAUUGUCGGUCAUGUAAUAACUGCGUGGAUACUCUUGAUCACCAUUGUAUAUUCCUCAACGCAUGCAUUGGGCGCCGUAACUAUACGACUUUUUACGCGUUUCUUGUCCAUACAGCGCUCCUGCUUUUGAUCGGUAUGGUGGGAUGCAUACUCAAGUUAUACUAUAUUGCAUCGCCCAAGACGUCGAAACAAGGCCGCCCACAAGCGCACCCAUCGCGUGGAUUUGUGCAUGCGCUAAAAACGACUCCCGAAAGUGCUGUCUUUUUUUUUCUUAGCUUCGUCUGGACCAUCCCUGUGAUGUGUCUGUGGAUCUAUCAUACAUGGCUCAUCUUACAAAAUCGAACAACGGUGGAGCAAAUCCGACUCGAGUCGACAGGCAGCAUGUAUGACGUACAUCGCUCACGUUCUGGCUAUUGGGCUGAUGAUCAUGCAUGUUUGCGUGCCGUGUCACGCUACAUGAUCCACUUGCGCAACGCUAUGGUCCCCAAGGAAUUUAGCAUGCCUAUGCCACGUGCACUUCAAUCCAAUCGCACACGCCCACCACGCCGGACGAGAGCCCCAUUUCAGCGCAGGAACCCCAUUAUGAACGCGCUCCAUGUGCUGAGUCGUCCCGUGCCGCCUGUAUCUACUUUAUGGUACCCCCAACGUCCCCCUUCUCUCGUGCAAUGA